UCUCCCACUCAGUUAUAUGACAUUUUACUGGUUUCCUUUUUCCCUUUAUCUGCUAAUGUAUGAUCAUUUGAGUUUUGCAAAAUAGGUGGGGGUUCCUGACACAUCACUGUUUACUGAUUUAGGAAAAUAAGACUUAAAUCACUCAGGAAGGUAGAAUCACAGAGCAUGGGCUCGUGCUUAAAUGUAGAUAGAUGAGCACUGAGCUGUGCAGCAAACAUUUGUUGAGUUCUUAUUGUAGGACAGACUCUGCUCAAAGUGUUGGAGAUAGAAGUGAAUAAAAUAGGGGCGCCUGGGUGGCUCAGUCAGUUAAGCAUCGCUCAGGUCAUGAUCUUGGCAGUUCAUGGGUUUGAGCCCCUCGUCAGGCUCUGUGCUGACAGCUCAGAGCCUCGAGCCUGCUGUAGAUUCUGUGUUUCCCUCUCUCUUUAUCCCUCCCCAACUCGCACUCUGUCUCUGUCUCUCAAAAAUAAAUCAACAUUAAAAAAUUUUUGUUUUUAAAAAAAUAAAAUAAAGAAGAUAAAAUUAAAAAAAAAAAGAAAUGAAUAAAAUGUUUUUUACCUUCAGAAUGUUUAUAGUAUAAUGGAGUAUGUAGCUUUCCAAUUGCCACCCAUUUUCUAUGAGGCUGAGAAUCUGAGCCGAAAGUUCUUUGUGUUUAUGUGGAAUCUGAAGAAUAUGUGGAAGAAUAUGUGUUUUUAGAUAUUUAGAAUUUGAGAGAGUUAUAAAUUAUUUGUUAACUUUUCUAGUAAAACUGAGAUUUCUUCUUUAGAGAAUGAACUCAACAUUCUGUGAAUCACAAAAUAUUAGAAUUGAGUGGACUCUCUCAUUUAAAGCUGAGGAAACUGAAGCUCACAGAAAGGAAGCAGUUUACCCAGGGUCAAGUAGAAAUAGACUAAUAUCACGGAUUUAACUCCUAGUCCAGUGCUCUUAUCACUACAUUAGUGGCUUUCAAACUUUUUCUGCUUUAGGACCUUUUAUUCAAAUAAACCAGAAAAGCACAGCUGCUGUGGUUGAAGCAGAGUAACCACCUGAAACUAUACUGAGUCAUUCACAUUCCCACUUACCACAGUAGCUCUGGAAGAAAUAGAGCAGAAUGGAGAAACUUAAUUUAUAAAACCAUUAUUCCAAACUGUAGCUGAAGACUUGGCCAUAUAAAAUUGGGACUAGAUUUUUAUCCUGGCAGUGCCAUUUCCUGGUUACCUCAAGCUAGUCACCAUACCUCUCCAAGCAAUAGUUUCUUCACCUAAAAAAUCAGAUAGUAAUGCCUACAGUCUUUUGUGCUCAUGUUUGAAGGUGGAUGAGCCCUGAGCCAUGUAGCUGACAUUUACAGAGUUCCUAUUAUAUGUCAGGACCUGUGCUGUUGAGCUGUUACGGAAUACCACAUGGCAGAUAAACAGUACCUAUCCUGGUACCUGUAGUAGGGAGUCAGUAUAGUUAUAGUUCUCCACAGAAAUCUGAGCAUUUGGUAUUAUGGUAGCUUAAUGAGAGAUAAUCAGUGAUGCUAGUGCCACUACUGAAGAACCAGAGUGGGAAAACUCUGGCCAAGUUGCAUAUAGUUAGUAAAAGAAUAGAUCUAGAAUGAGAGACAAGAAAUCUGGGUUUUAGUCUUAACUCCUGGACAAAUGACUUAAUAUUUACUGGCCGUAAUUGCCUGGAAACAUAUUUACGUCCUAGAAAGAAUGCUGUGGAUCCCUUCCAGCCUUACAUUUUUAGGACUCUAUUAAAACUGACAUGAACACACUAAUGCAAGUAUCUGGCAAAUAGCAGGCAUAUUUACUAAGCAUCUCUAGGAUGUAAGUGUAAAUUAUAGUGAUAUAGUUCAUUGUCAACAUAGGAAACUUAGAAGCUUAAGGUUGAAAUCAAGUUAGAUUGGAAUUUAAUGAAGGGUACUGAUUGUGCUAACAUAUGUAAUACAAAGUUGAAGGAAUAAUAAAGUUGAAGUAAUGAUCUGUAGUCAUACCAACAUUUUAACCCCUAGGUAUCUUUCUUUACUGCCAAGCGUAUUUUAGGAAUAUUUUUCUCUGAUGUCCAUUGGGACAAUGGUUGCAAAUAAAAUUUAAUAUUAGGUUGAACAUUUAUAAACAGAGAAAAGUUUUAAGGGAAAGAGAUCUUAACUACCCUCUAAAACAAUAAUAAAUGACUUUGGAAUUGUCUGUCUAGAAUGUCUUGGAUUGUCAAUUAUUCUUAGUAUUACUUUCUUCGCUUAGCACUGGCAACAGAAGUUGACUGAUAAGCCAGAAGUCUUUUGUAAUUAAAAGCCUUUUUUAAUCCAUAGGCUUUUUUUUUUAAAUUUUUUUGUAGCCAUAUAGAACUGCCAAGAUUAGUAAGGGUGCCAUAGUCAUUUAGUCAUGGUUUCUUGACCUUGUCACUGUUAAUAUUUUGGGCUGAUCAUCUUUUGCUGUGGGCAGCUGUCCUGUGCAUUGUGGGAUGUUUAGCAGCCUGCUUGGCCUCUACCUACCAGAUGCCAAUAGCACUACCACACCUUCCCCCCUAGUUGUGCCAACAAAAAUGUCUUCAGAUGUUGCCAAACAUUCUCUGGGGGACAAAAUUGCCCCCAGUUGAGAACCAUGGAUCUCGUGCAGAUUCCUACCUAGUGCUGGAAUAUAUGUUAGAGUGUCAUUACUGAACAUGUAGUCAGCAUGCUCUUGAACAUUUCUGGAGAUAGAAAGCUCAUUGUAAACUGAGAAAACCUGUUUCUUAUCUCCAGAGAACUUUCUUACUGUCUAAUUACCAUCUUUGAAAAAUGGAGGGGGGUUUCUCAGAGACAAAUCCAGUUAUAGACAGAUAAACAUUUAUCCAACUGUCCCAACUACAAAACACCCAAGAAUGCUAGACAAAAUAUAACAUUUAAUGCAUGGCUGACCUUGUAAGAACUCAAAGGAAAUCCCCAGAGUGAAAAAGAAGUCAAAAAUGAAAAUUUAAGUAGCAGUAAACAAAUGAAGAGAUUCUGCAGGGACCAAAGGCUCUGAGUUUGAAUGGCCAGGAAGGGAUAAAAUAUGAAAUCUUGGCUUGGGUCUACAUAAAGAAGGAAGUUAUCAAUUUGAAACUAGAAUUUUCAGUGAAAGGUAGAUUAGAAAAUUUUCACCCUCUGACACAGAGGGAGACAAAUGCAAAACUUAUGUGUCUUGGCCUGGGCUCUAGUUGGGAGGUGGGGAAAUGGUGAUUAUGGAAUUGUCUUUUCUACUCUGAUUCAUGUUGGACAUUUAAUAUAUUAUUAUUAUUUUUUUAACAUUUAUUUAUUUUUGAGACAGAGAGAGACAGAGCGUGAACAGGGGAGGGGCAGAGAGAGAGGGAGACACAGAAUCUGAAACAGGCUCCAGGCUCUGAGCUGUCAGCACAGAGCCCGAUGCGGGGCUCGAACUCACGGACCGUGAGAUCAUGACCUGAGCCGAAGUCGGCCGCUUAACCUACUGAGCCACCCAGGCACCCUGGACAUUUAAUAUAUUAUUGAAAUGACCCUGGAACAGUCAAGCUAAAUUAUUAAGUGGUUCUAGACUGGUAAUAAUUGUUGAUGCUCUGGAGGGACACAUUCUCAACCUGAGCCAUUGCAGACUUCUCAUAGUUAAAGCCCUAGUAUAAAUGAGUUUAUACUCCAGAUUCAUAAAAUGUAGGACUAGACUCCCUCCCUCCAAAAUUCUAGAUAAUUUAUAAUAGUAGGAGUAUCAGGGUGUUUAAAAUGAUGAAAAUCACAAGAGAACAAGACACCAUUAAAACAGAAUUUUGGAAUGGCACCUGGGUGGCUCAGUUGGUUAAGCAUCCAACUUUGGCUCAGGUCAUGAUCUCCCCAUUUGUGGGUUUGAGCCCCACAUUGGGCUCUGUACUGAUAGCUCAGAGCCUGGAGCCUGCUUCUGAUUCUGUGUCUCCCUCUCCCUCUCUGCCUCUUCCCCACUCAUACUCUCUGUCUCUCUCAAAAAUAAAUAAACAUUAAAUAAAAUUUGAGGUGUGCCUGGGUGGGUCAGUCGGUUAAGCAUCCAACUUUGGCUCAGGUCAUGAUCUUGCGGUUUGUGCAAGAUCACUCUCUGUCUCUCUCAAAAAUAAAACAUUAAAAAAAUUUUUUUAAUUAAAAAAAACCCAGAAUUUUGGGGAAAAAACCCAGAACUUCUAGAAAUUUAAAAAUUAUUGAAGUAAAUAACUUGUUCAGCAAACUAGACACAGCUGAAUUGGAAGGUUAAUAUGAAGAAAUUACCUAGAAUGCAGCAAAUUAAAAAUAAAGAGAUGGGAAUAUGAAAGAGGUCAAGAGACAUGAUGGAUAAAAUGAGAUUUAACAUAUAUCUGAAAAGGGUUCCAGAAGAAGAAAAUAAAGAAAUUGAAGAUGACAACAGAGAGAAUGGCUGAAAUUUUUUCCAACAUUGGUGAAAGAUGUGAAUCCUCAGAAAUACUGAGCAAUAUAAAUUAGAAUAAAUCCAUGUUUGACACAAAUUUGAAAAACUAUAAAACAAAAAACAAAGAGAAUGUUAAAAGCAACUCACAAUAAAGGAUCAAUUAUUUACAAAGAGAAAACUAUCAGAUCACAGCUGAUUUCUCAGUAGCAACCCUGGAAGCCAGGAAACAUUGAAAUAAUAUUUUCAAAGUGAUGAGAAAAUAAUUGACAGCCUAGAAUUUUAAACCUAUCUGUACUAUCAAGAGUAGUAUAAAAUACAUUUUUGGGGCACCUGGGUGGCUCAGUCGGUUAAGCGUCCGACUUUGGCUCAGGUCAUGAUCUCACGGUUGUGAGUUCGAGCCCCACAUCUGGCUCUGUGCUGACAGCUCAGAGCCUGGAGCCUGCUUCAGAUUCUGUGUCUCUCCAUCUCUUGGCCCUUCACCUGCUCAUGCUCUGUGUCUCUCUGUCUCUCAAUAAUAAAUAAACAUUAAAAAAAAAUUUUUUUUUAAUACAUUUUCAAAGACACUAAGAGAAGUUACCAUUGCCAGACUCUUGCUAAUUGCAGUGCUCAAGAAUCUACUUCAGGAAGAAGAAAAUUGACCCUAAGAUGGAAGAAAUAAGAUCCAAGAAGGAAUGGACUAAUAAGGAUGACCAGCCCUGCCACUGUUAUGAUACCCCAGAGUGGAAAUGUGUCAUCUUCCAUGAUGGCACCAGGCCCCAAUUCAGAGCUGCAGCCCAGGACUCCUCGCCCUGCUUCUCAGUCAGAUGCAAUGGAUCCACUCCUCUCUGGGCUCCAUAUACAGCAGCAAAAUCAUCCCUCAGGAUCUUUAGCUCCCCCGCACCACCCAAUGCAGCCUGUCCCUGUGAACAGACAAAUGAACCCAGCUAAUUUUCCCCAGCUGCAGCAGCAGCAGCAGCAGCAGCAGCAGCAACAACAACAACAACAGCAACAGCAGCAGCAGCAGCAGCAGCAGCAGCAGCAGUUGCAGGCAAGACCCCCACAGCAGCAUCAGCAGCAACAGCCACAGGGAAUGAGACCCCAGUUUACUGCCCCAACUCAGGUGCCUGUUCCUCCAGGCUGGAACCAGCUGCCUUCUGGAGCCCUUCAGCCUCCUCCAGCCCAGGGUUCUCUGGGCACAAUGACUGCAAGCCAGGGGUGGAAGAAGGCUCCCUUGCCUGGCCCAAUGCAACAGCAGCUCCAGGCAAGACCAUCCUUAGCCACGGUACAGACACCUUCCCACCCGCCCCCUCCAUAUCCCUUUGGCAGCCAGCAAGCCUCACAAGCCCAUACAAACUUUCCUCAGAUGAGCAACCCAGGCCAGUUCACAGCUCCUCAGAUGAAGAGCUUGCAGGGAGGGCCCUCCAGGGUCCCAACCCCCCUGCAGCAGCCCCACCUCACCAACAAGUCUCCUGCCUCCUCACCCUCCUCCUUCCAGCAGGGAUCCCCUGCAUCCUCCCCAACGGUUAACCAAACUCAGCAGCAGAUGGGACCAAGGCCACCUCAAAAUAACCCACUUCCCCAGGGAUUUCAGCAGCCCGUCAGCUCUCCCGGUCGGAAUCCUAUGGUUCAACAGGGAAAUGUGCCACCUAACUUCAUGGUGAUGCAGCAGCAGCCACCAAACCAGGGGCCACAGAGUUUACAUCCAGGCCUAGGAGGAAUGCCUAAACGCCUCCCACCUGGCUUCUCAGCAGGACAGGCCAAUCCGAACUUUAUACAAGGUCAGGUGCCUUCGACCACAGCAACCACCCCUGGGAAUUCAGGAGCCCCUCAGCUGCAAGCAAAUCAAACUGUCCAGCAUGCAGGUGGUCAAGGAGCUGGUCCUCCUCAAAACCAGAUGCAGGUGUCCCACGGGCCACCAAAUAUGAUGCAGCCCGGCCUCAUGGGAAUUCAUGGCAACAUGAACAGCCAGCAGGCUGGUAGUUCUGGGGUUCCUCAGGUGAACCUGGGCAACAUGCAAGGCCAGCCCCAGCAGGGCCCACCAUCUCAGCUGAUGAGCAUGCACCAGCAGAUUGUGCCCUCCCAGGGCCAGAUGGUCCAGCAGCAAGGAACCUUGAACCCUCAGAACCCUAUGAUCCUUUCAAGGGCCCAGCUUAUGCCUCAGGGCCAGAUGAUGGUGAACCCUCAAAGCCAAAAUCUUGGGCCCUCGCCUCAAAGGAUGACCCCACCCAAGCAGAUUCUUCCCCAACAGGGCCCACAAAUGAUGGCGCCACAUAACCAGAUGAUGGGGCCUCAGGGGCAAGUUUUACUCCAACAGAACCCAAUGAUAGAGCAAAUCAUGACCAAUCAGAUGCAGGGGAAUAAGCAGCAGUUUAACACUCAGAACCAAUCCAAUGUCAUGCCGGGACCAGCACAGAUAAUGAGGGGACCAACUCCAAACAUGCAAGGAAACAUGGUGCAGUUUACAGGACAGAUAUCAGGACAGAUGCUGCCACAGCAAGGGCCCGUGAGCAACAGUCCAUCUCAGGUUAUGGGGAUUCAGGGGCAGGUCUUGCGACCACCAGGGCCCAGCCCACACAUGGCCCAGCAGCAUGGUGAUCCUGCUACUACAGCAAACAAUGAUGUCAGUUUGUCUCAGAUGAUGCCUGAUGUUAACAUGCAACAAACCAACAUGGUUCCCCCCCACGUGCAGGCCAUGCAGGGAAACAGUGCCUCGGGAAACCACUUCUCAGGCCAUGGGAUGCCUUUCAAUGCACCUUUCAGUGGAGCACCCAAUGGAAAUCAGAUGUCCUGUGGUCAGAAUCCUGGCUUCCCGGUCAAUAAGGAUGUCACGCUAACAAGCCCAUUGUUGGUCAACUUAUUGCAGAGUGACAUCUCUGCAGGCCAUUUUGGGGUAAACAAUAAGCAAAAUAAUACCAACGCAAAUAAACCGAAGAAGAAGAAACCCCCUCGGAAGAAGAAAAAUAGUCAGCAAGAUCUAAAUACCCCAGAUAAUCGCCCAGCUGGGCUGGAGGACACGGAUCAGCAGCCAUUGCCUGGAGAACAAGGAAUUAACUUGGACAACUCAGGCCCUAAACUGCCAGAAUUUUCAAACCGACCACCAGGUUAUCCUUCUCAACCAGUUGAACAGAGGCCACUUCAGCAGAUGCCUCCUCAGCUCAUGCAGCAUGUGGCACCCCCGCCACAGCCACCACAGCAGCAGCCGCAGCCACAACUGCCGCCACCACAGCAGCAGCCACCACCUCCCAGUCAGCCACAGUCGCAGCAGCAGCAGCAGCAGCAGCAGCAGCAACAACAACAACAAAUGAUGAUGAUGCUCAUGAUGCAGCAGGACCCCAAAUCAGUUAGGCUUCCGGUCUCCCAAAGUGUCCACCCCCCACGGGGCCCCCUGAACCCAGACUCCCAGAGAAUGCCCAUGCAACAGAGCGGCAGCGUGCCUGUUAUGGUCAGUUUGCAAGGACCUGCUUCCGUGCCACCAUCACCUGAUAAGCAAAGAAUGCCAAUACCUGUGAAUACUCCUUUGGGAAGCAAUUCAAGGAAAAUGGUAUACCAGGAGAACUCCCAGAAUCCUUCUAGCUCACCACUGGGAGAAAUGUCCUCGCUCCCUGAAGCAAGUGGCAGUGAAGUACCAUCUGUCUCAGGAGGCCCAAAUAACAUGCCUUCACAUUUAGUAGUUUCCCAGAAUCAGUUAAUGAUGACAGGGCCAAAACCUGGACCAUCACCCCUUUCUGCAACUCAAGGUGCAACUCCCCAGCAACCCCCUGUAAAUUCCCUGCCCAGCUCUCAUGGCCACCAUUUUCCAAAUGUGGCUGCUCCAACCCAAACAUCUAGGCCUAAAACACCGAACAGAGCCAGCCCCAGACCCUACUAUCCUCAGACACCCAACAAUCGCCCUCCUAGCACAGAACCUUCAGAAAUCAGUCUGUCUCCAGAAAGACUCAAUGCCUCCAUUGCAGGACUCUUCCCCCCACAGAUUAAUAUUCCUUUACCUCCUAGGCCAAAUUUAAACAGGGGCUUUGAUCAGCAGGGCCUAAAUCCAACAACUUUAAAGGCCAUUGGGCAAGCACCUUCGAAUCUUACCAUGAAUAAUCCUUCCAAUUUUGCUGCCCCACAAACUCACAAAUUAGAUUCUGUGGUGGUGAAUUCUGGAAAGCAGUCUAAUUCUGGAGCAACAAAACGGGCUAGUCCGAGCAACAGUCGCAGGUCUAGUCCUGGGUCCAGUAGGAAAACUACCCCAAGUCCUGGGAGGCAAAAUUCAAAAACCCCUAAACUUACUCUGGCCUCUCAAACAAACACAGCUCUGUUGCAGAAUGUGGAGUUGCCAAGAAAUGUAUUGGUCAGUCCCACUCCUUUGGCCAAUCCCCCUGUACCUGGGAGCUUCCCUAACAACAGCGGGCUGAAUCCUCAGAAUCCUACCAUGCCUGUGGCUGCAGUGGGAGGUGUUCUGGAGGAUAACAAGGAGAGCUUGAAUGUGCCUCAGGACAGCGAUUGCCAGAAUUCCCAGGGUAGGAAGGAGCAGGUAAACAUUGAGCUCAAAGCCCUCCCUACCCAAGAAGUUAAAAUGGUUGUUUCUGAAGAUCAGUCUAAAAAGGACGGGCAAUCUUUGGAUCCUAACAAACUUCCCGGUGUCGAAGAGAACAAAAAUUUGGUGUCUCCUGCUAUGAGGGAAGCACCCACAUCGUUAAGUCAACUUCUUGAUAACUCUGGAGCUCCUAAUGUGACCAUUAAACCCCCUGGGCUUACAGAUCUGGAAGUAACGCCUCCAGUAGUUUCUGGGGAGGACCUGAAAAAAGCAUCUGUCAUUCCCACACUGCAGGAUCCGUCUUCUUCUAAAGAACCCUCUAAUUCCCUAAAUUUACCUCACACUAAUGAGCCGUGUUCAACCCUUGUGCAUCCAGAAUUGAGUGAGGUCAGUUCUAAUGUUGCACCAAGCAUCCCUCCAGUAAUGUCAAGACCUGUCAGCUCUUCCUCCAUCUCUACUCCCUUGCCCCCAAAUCAGAUAACUGUUUUCGUUACUUCCAAUCCUAUCACGACUUCAGCUAAUACAUCAGCAGCUCUGCCGACUCACCUGCAGUCUGCAUUGAUGUCAACAGUCGUCACAAUGCCCAAUGUGGGUAGCAAGGUUAUGGUUUCUGAGGGACAGUCAGCUGCUCAGUCUAAUGCCCGGCCUCAGUUCAUUACACCUGUGUUUAUCAAUUCAUCCUCAAUAAUUCAGGUUAUGAAAGGAUCACAGCCAAGCACAAUUCCUGCAGCCCCACUGACAACCAACUCUGGCUUGAUGCCUCCCUCCGUUGCAGUUGUUGGCCCUUUACACAUACCUCAGAACAUAAAAUUUUCUUCUGCUCCUGUACCACCUAGUGCCCCCUCCAGUAGUACUGCUCCAAAUAUACAGACUGGUCGACCCUUGGUCCUUAACUCACGAGCCACCCCUGUUCAGCUUCCUUCCCCCCCAUGUACAACUUCUCCAGUUGUCCCUCCUCAUCCCCCUGUCCAGCAAGUGAAAGAAAUGAAUCCAGAUGAGGCUAGUCCUCAGGUGAGCACCUCAGCAGAUCAGAGCACUCUUCCCUCUUCACAGUCAACCACAAUUGUUUCUCCCCUUUUGACCAAUAGUCCAGGCUCCUCUGUCAACCGGCGAAGCCCAGUCUCAUCUAGUAAGGGCAAAGGAAAAGUGGACAAAAUCGGCCAGAUUUUGCUGACCAAGGCAUGUAAGAAAGUUACAGGCUCUCUUGAGAAAGGGGAAGAGCAAUAUGGUGCAGAUGGAGAGACUGAAGGCCAAGGGCUAGAGACCACAACUCCAGGGCUCAUGGGAACAGAGCAGUUAUCCACAGAGCUGGACAGUAAAACCCCAACACCCCCAGCACCCACUCUGAUAAAAAUGACCUCUAGCCCCGUGGGCCCGGGCUCCACCUCAGCAGGACCCAGCUUAUCUGGCGGUACUCUCCCCACCAGUGUACGCUCGAUAGUAACCACUCUGGUACCCUCUGAGCUCAUCUCUGCGGCGCCGGCCACAAAAAACAAUCAUGUUGGCAUAGCAUCUGAGCCACUUGCGGGUGGCCUAGUGGAGGAGAAGGUGGGAUCUCAUCCAGAGCUUCUACCCAGCAUAGCCCCUUCACCGAGUUUAGCUGCAAAGGAAACUCCAGCCACAACACCACAGGGGCCUGGUGCCAGACCAGAACUCGAGGCAAAUGCUGCCAUGGUCUCUGGACAAAGCAGUGAGCCCAAAGAGAUCAUUGAAAAGUCCAAAACCCCAAGCCGAAGAAACUCCCGAACUGAAGAGCCAACUGUGGCUUCUGAAAGCGUGGAAAAUGGACAUCGCAAGCGAUCCUCUCGGCCUGCUUCAGCCUCCAGCUCUACUAAAGACAUAACCAGUGCGGUGCAAUCCAAGAGAAGAAAAUCCAAGUAAACAAGCUGGACAGCGACUUGAUCCUUGUAAAUGUGUGUGAAUUUUACAAAAAGCAAUUUUGAGCUGUGACUUUUUAAAAUCCAUUUCUGUACAGUUAGUCAUUUUAAUAAAGCGGCCCUUUUCCUAGUCCCUGCAACCUGUUUCAUAAAGUGCAAUGGGGAAAGCAGAGUUGUUGAACCCUUUUUUGGUGUUGCAAGAUGAAGUUCAAGGUUUCUAAAAUGUUGCCAUGUAUUGAGAGGAGCUAAUGCAAUUAUGUUACUAGUUUUCACAUUUCCUAAGCAGCCUAGAGUACAGGGUGAGCAUUUUUAGAUCUUCUAAUGAUGUAUUGUGCUGUGGAAGUUAUGUGUGUGAAUAGCAGUAGCGGGAGCAAAAAGAAGCUUCUCAUUUGGAAAUGUUGUAAAUAAUUUUAUUAUAUAGUGUUUUGGAUGUAUUUGUUGUAGAAAUGGACCAGUGAAUAAAGAGAAUCUAAGGGUUUGUACAAUGUGAAA